AUGGUGGGCAGACGAGGAAAGCGAGGCGCCGCUGCGGCUAAUGCCAGCCCUGCGACGCGAUCUUCACGCAAUCCACCCACUACUGUACAAGCACCCCGUGCUCGUGGCCGCGGCCGUGGCAGAGGUCGCUGGGCCAAUCACUGGGCCAACCGCAUCCUUCCUGGCCGCUCGACCAACGCUGGUCGUGUCGAUGACCAAGGGGAGUCGCCCAAGCGCUCCCACAUUCUCAAGUUCAAGUUGCCCUCCCUCCGGAAGUUGGGUCUAGGAUCCUCUUCCACCAAUGCAACUUCCUCGGAUCAGGCCGACGCCUUUACCGCGCCAGCCGGCACUCCUAUGGGCUCGCAGAACCCCGAGACCCCUCGUACUCGCCGCUCCAAGCGCGCCAUGGCAGUUCCUGAAUCCUCCCGUACCACUCGCCAGUCUGCUCGUCUCAAGCCCUCGGAAGAGAUGGCCACUGAAGAAGCCACUCCCAGCAAGUUGGCUGAUGGCGUCGAUGCCGAUGCUGAAGCUGAUGCCGACGACGAUGUCGAUGUCGAUGCGGAUGCCGACGCAACAGAGGUUGAGGAUGGCAGCUCCUCACCUGAACAGCCAGACCAAGACGACGUGGACUACACUCCUAAACUCCGCCUCCGCCUUAGCCCCCCCAAGCCUCCCACUCAAAAGCUAUCCCUCACAUUCUCCAACCACACCACAGAUCCCGACCAACCCAAGGCAUCUACAGAGACCGUCGCCAUACCUGAAUCAUCAGAGUCGUCACCGAAAGACUCUCAGGACAAUUAUGACGAGCCUCACGCCUUGCUCCCCCACACCUCACUCUCACCCCGACUCUCCCGAAAGCGCAAGUCCACCGAAAUGAAGGACGAGCCGCAAGAGUUCGAGUCUGCCGAGAUGCCCGAGCCGACUGGCACAGCCACGAAGAAGCUCAAGCUCGAAGACCCCGACUCCAUCCAUGCCAUCACCCUUCAAAAUGGCAAUGGCAACACAGCCGAGUCCGCGCAAGAGUCCACUCCAGAGGACAGCGCAGUCCCUUCCGCCGAGAACCUCGACUCCGCAGUUGCGGCCUCUAUUGAGGACCCAACUGAUAGUGGGCGAGGUCGCGGUCGUGGACGAGGACGUGCCCGUGGUCGAGGUAGUCGUGGUGGUGCCGGUAGCCGUGGCGGUGCCCUUGCUCCAACCCGUGGAGCAGGCGUACGCGGCCGUGGUGGCCGUGGUCGAGGACGUGGGCGUUGGUCAGCCGCAGCAGCCAUCCGUCGUGGUGGCAAGCGGAUUGAAGACGAGAUCUGGGAUAGCGAGAGCCGGCGCCGGACGCCUUCUCCAGUGCCCACCACACAGCCGAUUAAGGAUCGUGCUGAAGAGUUGGCGGCACUGUUCAAGAAGGUGGGCCAGGCACAACAGCUGGCUCUGAGUGUGUUGGCAGAACGCUCCAUGCAGAAGAUUGCGCGAGACCAGAACGCGCACAUGGAGUGCCCCGAGUACGAUCAGUUGAUGCGCGAGCUGGGUGAGUACCAACGCAAGGCACUCACCCGAUGCCGCGAUCAAUAUGAUCUGAAAGUGGAAGCUGCCGAGAGGGUUUACUUGGGGAACCUGGCUAUCGUGGAGAUGCGGACCCAAGAACGCCUCGAGAACAUCCAAGAUGAGAUGUUCUACGCUGCCCGAGGCAAGUACAUGGAGUUGGUGGCGGGCCGUCGUGCUGCCGAAGAUGACGAGCACACAGAGACGGACGGAUCGGACGCCGAGGCUGAAGAGCCUCGCUACCUCUUCCGCAUUGGCAAAGCCGGCCUGCGAGAAGUGGAGCGUGGCUUCUUCGCCGAAGCAGUUCGGGAGCCCGACGGUGCGGCUGCUCUGGAGCGAGGGGAGCAAGAAUGGGAGGACUUUGUCAUGAAAGUCCGUCUCGGGGAGGACUUGAACCCCCAAAUGCAAGCCCUCGACUCCUCCAUCGAGGCAUCCACGGAUUCCAUCAACCGGACCGUGGAGUCCCUCCUCCAGGCAGCCCGCGUCGUGGCUGAAGAAUCCGACGUCCCGCGCAGUUACGACGGCGCCGCAGACGUCGCCAAGGCCCUCUCCGUCUUGGCCGAGACCGCGCUCUCGGACCUUCACCCCUCCGCGGCCUCAUCCUCCCAUUACCCCCAGAUGCGACCUGAUCCCCAUCUGGCGGGAGGACACCGCGCCCUUCUUCCCCAGCCACAGGGGGUAAAUGUGGCACAACCUGCACCUCCGGGCAUGACCCAUGGCCCAACGGACCCGCGAUCCUUCAUUCUCCCGCGGCCAACGCCAACCCAGCAGCCGCGUCGCCUUCUCCCCGCGCGGUCGCCCUUGGGCAUGGGUCUGCCCGACCCCUUCGCCAUGACCGGACCCCCGCAGCUUCCACCGCCGCCGGGGUCGAAUUUCCACCGGUUGCCGCUGCCUUCUUGGCCUCCGGGUCCUCCCCAGCAGGGUGGACAGCAGCCCGGGCCCGGUCAUGGUCCGGGAAGUACAGGGUCUCACGGUGGCCCCGGUCCCCACGGGGGACCACCGUCCUUGUACUUCCCUCCGCCACCUCCACGGCGGUAUUGA